UCCACGUCCGGCUCGGUCCAACAUGGCGGCUGUUGACAGGUGAAGCUCAGAGGAGGAUUUUAGUUGAAAGGUUUCUUGUUUACGGGGUUUCAGGAGGUUCUCAUUUCGGUUUCGGUUCGUCGAAGUUGCAGCCGGUUCGUCGAUCAGCUGAUUAUCCGGUUCAGUUCUGAUCCUGGUGAAGAUGGUUCCAGUAUAAACCGGUCCUGAUCUGACUCCGGUGGACCCUGGUGAACCCUUGUGGACUCUGGUGGACUCCGGUGGACCCUGGUGGACUCCGGUGGACCCUGGUGGACUCUGGUGGACCCUGGUGGACCCUGGUGGACCCUGGUAGACCGGCAGAGUCAUGGAGAAGUUCGGGAUGAGUUUCGGCGGCGGUCCAAGCAGGAAGGAGCUGCUGGACACCGUGGAGUCCCAGAAGAAGCAGCUGGUCCAGUACCAGACCCGCUUCAAGGACGUGGUCCGGGCCUACAAGAGCCUCCUGAAGGAGAAGGAGGCUCUGGAGGCCAGUCUGAAGGUCCUGACAGCGACCCAGGAUGUGGACCUGAACCAGCAAGGCCAGGACGCCGCCCCAGAGCUCCCAGAGGACGGCUGCUCACUGCACAGCGAGGACAGCGUGGAGACGGCGGCGUCCGUGGAGACGCCGAGCGAGAUGGCCAGGGGGUACCAGAGCGAGGAGGACCAGGGAGAACCGGGACGAUCCAGUUCUACGCCGGACACCGGCGGCUCUGACAGCGGCGUGGGGGCGGAGCUGCAGCAGGCCACACCCCCUCCCAGUGCGGAGGCGGACCGCCGUGUCACCCAGCUGAAGGGCCAACUGAGCACACUCACCGGCGCCCUCGCCACGGUGACGCAGGAGAAGUCUCGCAUGGAGGCCAACUUCCUGGCUGACAAGCGGCAGCUGAAGCAGGAGGUGGAGGAGCUGCAGGAGCGACUGGUCAUCACGGCGACGAAGCAGGAGGCGGAGCUGAAUGCCCUGCAGCAGCAGCUGGCCGAGGCCCGCGCUCGCAUCAUCACGCAGCAGCACGAGAGGGAGCAGGAGCAGGGAGACCACGCCCAGCAGCUGAGAGAGCUGCAGAAGAUCCUGCAGCAGGAGAGAGACCUGCGACAGGAUGCCGAGCUGCGCCUGCAGGACGCCAGCACCGCCCUCCUCGUGACGUCACAGGCCGUGGACCGGGGGGCGGAGUCCGAGGCGCACCUGAGCCAGGUGAGGGAGGAGAGGGACGAGCUGAGGAGGAGGCUGCAGGCUGCCGAGGAUGAGCAGAAGAAACCGGAUCCCAGAGUGGACGAGAUGCAGCAGCAGAUGAAGGAGAUGAAGGAGAACUUCCAGCAGCAGAUCCUCAGUGAGACCCGCAAGGUGUGCGAGGCGGAGGAGCGUGCACGUGAGCGCGCCCAGUCUGCGGAGCUGCGGGUGGCCGGUCUGGAGCAGCGGGUGUCAGAGCUGUCGGAGCUACUGGGAUCCUGCGAGAAGGCGAAGCAGCGUGACCAGCAGAUGGCCCAGAGGCUCCGGGACCGAAUCCUGCAGCUGGACACGGAGAACAAGACACUGGCCAUCGCUGCCUCCAGCAGGACGUCCUCCGACCUCAGCCUGGACGAGUCCCAGCUGGACGUGGGACAGCUGAAGGACAAGCUGCAGAAGGUGAAGAAGCUGCUGCUGCUGGCGUCUCAGAGGAACCCCGACCUGAACAUCCAGGACGUGGCCGAGGCGGGGGACGGGACAUCGGCGCUGGUCUACCAGCAGGAGCUGCGGCAACUGAAAGAGGAGUUUGAGCGCUACAAGCUGCGAGCGCAGGUGGUGCUGAAGAACAAGAACGCCAAAGACGGCUGCCAGGCCAAGGAGCUGGAGGAGGUGAGGGACCAGCUGUCCGAGCUCCGGGAGAAGUACAUCAACCUGCGCAUCCAGAGUGACGAGGCCGAGGCGCGCCACCGGCAGCAGCUGGAGGAGCGGCAGCAGCAGGCGGCGGCGCUGCAGCACACUCACAAACAGGAAGUGGAGCGGGCGGAGACGCUGCACCGCGAUGAGCUUCUGCGGCUGGAGGCAGAGCUCCACAAGCAGCGGGAGAGGACCAUGGCGCUGCUGGACGAGAAGGACCAGGAGCUGGAGAGGCUGCGGGCCGCCGUCCUCGCCUGCAGCUACAACCCAGCCGACGGCCCGGCCGACGACGCGCAGCCGGCCGACCCGGACAGCGAGGGCGACAUCAUCAGCCAGGCCCUGCGGCAGGCUACGCCCACUGAGUCCACGCUGCUGCUGUACGCCGAGCAGCUCGCCAGGAAGGAGGUGGAGGCGGGCGGCCUGCGGCGGCAGAAGAACCGGCUGGAGGAGGACGUCCACCAGCUGCAGGCCAAGCUCAUCGCCAACGGAGAGCGCCACGACGAGGAGGUGUCAGACCUGCGGGGGCGACUCGACAAGCUGGUCCGGGACCGGAGCCGGGAGGGCGCCAACAUGGAGUACCUGAAGAACGUCAUCUACAGGUUCCUCACGCUGCAGGACUCCAGCGGCAGGAACCAGACGCUCAACGCCAUCCUCACCAUCCUGCACUUCAGCCCCCAGGAGAAACACGACGUCAUGAAGCUGCAGGGGUCAACCUGGUGGGGCCCCAACAGGAGGUAGAACACCUGAAGAGAACCUGGUGGGGCCCCAACAGGAGGUAGAACACCUGAAGAGAACCUAAACCUUAGAGACCAAAUGGAAGCUACUAACAGGGUGUUGAGGUUGGAUAAGAGGGAGACUGUAGUUUCCUGGUGACUAUCUGACCUUACCUGGUUUGAUCCGGUUUGAGCUACAUGUAUAUUUAUAUGAACAAUCGUCUGAUGUUCACUGUGAGGGAACUUCUAUAUCAGCAGAUGGUAAAUGCAGGUCUUUAUGUCUCUCAUCACAGAUAUUUUUGAUUCCCUUGUUGAAAUUAAACUAUUUUUGUGCUUCA